GACAACUCCAAUAUCUUGUUCUCGGUGAUUGUGGAGAGAUGGAGUACAUUGUUGCUAGAGAAGAGGAGAAACACGGAGAAGCAGCUGACAUAAUUGUAAUUCCUCAAAUUGUCACUUUGUAUCUUCACAACAUGCCAAAACUCAGAAGUUUUUGCCAAGGGAAGUAUAUUUUAGAGUGGCCCUCCUUGAAAGAGUUUAUUGUCGAAGAUUGUAAAGCUGUGGAGGUGAUUCUAGGAAAUGCCAGUCGUAUAUUAGAGGGCAGUGUUUUGAUGCAGCGUCCACUUCUACUCGUCGAACAGGUUGAGUUCCCCAAUAUGGAGUCGAUGAAGAUCUUGCGCAUGGAUAACAUGGAGAAAAUAUGGCUUGAUGAUCUUGCUUCAAAUGCCUUUAGCAAACUCAAGACUCUAGAAGUGCAGUAUUGUGAUAAACUUUCGUCCAUAUUUUCAUCUUAUACUAUGCUCACAAGAUUUCAAAACCUAGAGAAGAUAGUCGUAACUAAUUGUGAAUCCUUAGAAGUGGUAUUUCACAUCCAAGAGUUCAAUUUUAGCGAAGCUCGUUCUACAAGCACUUUUCUCUUGAGAGAAUUAGUUUUGAUGCGGCUCCCAAAAAUGAAGCACGUGUGGAGUGGAUUUUGUCAAGGAGGUCUUUCCUUUAGAAGCUUAAGAUGCAUGCAAGUUAUCGAGUGUGGGAGUCUCAAAAUUUUAUUUCUAAGCUUGGUGGCAAAAAGUAUGACACAGCUUGAAGAACUUGUAGUACAAUCUUGUGGAGUGGAGCAAAUUAUAAUAGAGGAAGACGGAGUAGGCAUGAGUACAAGUAAUCUCUUCUUUCCAGGAUUGAUCAACCUAAAGUUACUUGAGUUGCCGAAACUGAGGAGCUUCUAUGAGAAUAGUCAUACUUCAACAUGGCCACUCUUAAAGGAAUUACGAGUUAGACACUGUGGUAAGAUGAGGUCAUUCUCAUCCGCUUGUGAAAUUCAAAGCUGCCAAGGUACAACUACGAAUGGGUACCAACCUGCAAUUUUUUCUCCUGAAAAGGUCAUUCCACACUUGGAGGAAUUAACAUUAGUAAGCGAGGAUAUUGAGAUGCUACAGCAUUACUUCUUUGGCAAUCUCAAAGAUCUAGCUUUGGGAUGGUACCAUGAUGAAAAUGCCGCUUUUCCCUCCAACUUCCUUCUCCAUGGAUUCCCCAAUCUAGAACUUCUUUCUGUGAUUUGUAGUUCCUUUGAGGAAGUAUUUCCAGAAGAUGCGUCUGGACAUGGGGGGUCAACUCCCUGCGAAGGACCUACUAAUGUGGAGAAACCUCUCAAGGCACUUGGGAAUUUGAAACAAUUGGAGCUGUUGAACCUGUGGAACCUAAAGCGAAUUUGGAAAGAUGGCUCCUUGAUGGCUGAAAUCCUUAAACAAAUUGAAUUUCUAUUCAUUUGGGGGUGCCCUAGUUUGUCAGUCGUGCUUCCAUCCCGGCUUCAUUCGAGAGAUUGAAGCAGUUAGAAGUAAAGGAUUGCGCUGGUUUAGUUCAUAUGGGGACUUGCUCAGCAGUGACAAGUCUGAUGCACCUUACCUGGCUAACCCUAGAAAAUUGCGAUAUGAUGGAAGACGUGGUAACAGAUGAUGGAAAUAGAGUAGAGGAGAUCUCUUUUCCUAAGCUAAAACGGUUGAUACUUGAUGGUUUACCAAGCCUUGAGAGCUUCUCCCCCACGAAUUGCCCCUUUAGGUUCCCAUUAUUGAAGCGUGUUGUCAUCACACAGUGCCCCAAGAUGAAUGUAUUCUGCAAGGGUGCCUUCAGGACACCAAACGUAAAUAAAGUAUUCCUCUCCGACAAGGAUGACGAAGGAUGUUGGGAGGGGGACCUUAAUACCACCAUCCAAACCUUAUUGACAUGAAACCGUCAACACUGAAUUCAAUGAGUCAGAGCCUCAUAUAGCACCAAGAAGUUUCUUGGGAGUCGAAGACUAUUUGGAUGAUGAUAAUAGCCGGACAUACUAUUAUCGAAAGGGGAAAAAGUCCAGGACUCCUAAUAUGCACGUGUCCUUCAAACAGCGCACCAUAGCCUACAUGGAGCCGUUCAUGCUAGAUGUUUUCAUCUCCAACCGCUUCGUCUCGACUUCACGCGCUCCCAGGAUCGCGCGCAAGUGGGUCGCUGUUGUGGGUGCCAAUUCUAAGGAUAUCAAAGCCGUAGUCAAGUCAUGAUUGGACAUACAACCAUGUCUGGCUGUAGGCUGGAUUUUGGCGGACCGGGCGAGGGAAGCCGAUGUGUUUGCUGCUUCCUAUACUCCAGGAGAUAGGGAAAAGUUUGAAGGAAAAAUCAGGACAGUAGUUCAGUCUCUGAUUGACAUAGAUAUUAAAAUUUAUCUUGACUGAUUUUCCCUCCUUGAGUAUGAUCUUCUUUAUGUGCCCCACUCCUAAUAGGAAUAUACUGACAUCUUUGACAUUGUUUUGAGAAUAUGCAGGAUGUAGUGUUGGUUCUUUUGUUGGUUAUAUAUACAUAAUAUUGACUGUUCAUUUGACAAUAGUGGACUCGGAUUUUGUUUUGGCUUUGUCGAAACUUUUACCUUGUUAUUGGAUGAGCAUUGUGAUGGA